UGUGAAUAAAUAUUUCAUCUAUUAUAAGAAGCGUUUUGUAACAAAUGGCAAGCUGGAUUCUUAAACAAUAUCCCCCUCACACCGGGUGGUAUGAGGGAGGAGAGAUGAGGUCUGGGGAUUGGACAGGCAGCAAGCUGAGUCCCACCUCCCCCCAUUACACCAUACCUCGUCUUAUAAAACUCACUCUCCUUUUGCUGCGGACCUAGUCUUACAGCAGAGAGCGAGAUGACAACUUCCAACCUCUUCUGGGAUAUAGUUCUGCUUGGAAGUAUACUAAUGAGCCAGACAGUCUUGUGUGAGAAGCAGAACAAGCCGAGGAGGCUGGACGAGUGUGACGUGACGCCUGUGAUCCAUGUCCUCCAGUACCCAGGCUGCGUCCCAAAGCCAAUACCUUCAUUUGCAUGCCAGGGACGGUGCAGCUCUUACAUACAGGUCUCUGGCUCAAAGAUAUGGCAGAUGGAACGGAGCUGUAUGUGCUGUCAGGAAAGUGGCGAACGAGAGGCGAGCGUAUCUCUAUUUUGCCCCAAGGCAAAGCCGGGCGAGAGGAAAUUCAGAAAAGUCAUGACAAAAGCACCGCUUGAAUGCAUGUGCCGACCUUGCACCGGUAUCGAGGAGAGCGCAAUCGUGCCACAGGAGAUAGCCGGAUUCACAGACGAGGGACCACUCAACAACCACUUCAGGAAACCACAAUAAACAUAACAAUUUUAUUCUAUUGUAAUAUUUUGUUCACA